AUGGACUCUGGGCUCGACUCCCUUGGUGCCACACAGCUUCGCACCAGCCUGGGCCUCGCCUUCCCCGCGGUGGAUCUGUCGCCCACCUCCACCUUUGACUACCCCACGCCCCGGGACCUCGCUCGCCACAUCGCUGCGGCGCUGAGAAGCGACGCUGGGGCACCUCUGCACCCCGCCGCUGCGGACUGCCUUCAGGCCGUGAUAGAGGCUGCCGCCUCCAUCACGGGGGCCACCCUCGACGCGGACUCCCCCCUCAUGGCCGCUGGGCUGGACUCACUCGGAGCAGUGCAGCUCCGUUCCAUGCUUUCCACCCGCUUCAGCCUUGACCUGCCCGUCACCCUGGCCAUGGACUACCCGACCCCGGCUGCGCUCGCCGAGUUCGUCGCGGCCGAGGUGGCACCGGAGGGCAGCAUGGGUGUGACUGCACACCCUGCGCCGGCUUCAAAUGCCCCUGGGCAGCAGCUGCAGGACAGCUGCACGAGUGUGCUGGGGGUGGCAGGGUGCUACCCCGGCGGCGAGGGCCAGGGUUUGGACGGCUACAGAUCCGCGGCCCAAGGCGGCCAGGACCUUCCCACGCCAGUCCCUCUGGCUCGCUGGGACCUGGAGGCAUACUACAGCCCGGAAAUCUCUGUUGGCAGAAUGAACGUCCGCUUCGGAGCCUUCCUGUCUGGACUGGAGGACUUUGACGCGGAUGCCUUCAGGCUUGGCCAUGCCGAGAGCUCGGUGAUGGACCCGCAGGCCAGAAUCCUCCUGGAGCAGACACAGGAAGGCCUGAGCCAAGCUGCUGGGCGAUCUGCAGCCAGCCUCAGUCUCAACUGCGGGGUGUAUGUCGGCGUCAUGCACAUGGAGUUCCUGGCCACCCUGGCCUCGGCAGGGCUGGGUGUGGGCCCUGCCGUCACCGCCGGCAACGGCAUGGACUUCCUGAUCGGCAGGCUGUCCUACGUUUUUGGCCUGACCGGGCCCUGCAUCAGCACGCACACCGCCUGCUCUUCCUCCCUGGUUUCCACCCACCUUGCCCACACGGGGCUGCUGGGCGGGGAGGCUGAGCUGGCGACCACCGCCGGCGUCUUCCUCAUGCUGCUGCCCGGCACUGCCACAGGUAUCAGCCAGUUGGGGGCGCUUUCCCCCGUGGGGCGCUGCCGCAGCUUCGACGCAGCGGGCGACGGGUACGGCCGGGGGGAGGGCUGUGCGCUGCUGGUCCUGGCGCCGAUGGGUGAAGGGGAGGAAACCGGGGCGCCCCUGGCCUACCUGGUCGGGACGGCGGUCAACCAGGGCGGGAGGUCCAGCGGACUCACUGCACCGCAUGGGCCCAGCCAGACUGCGCUGGUCCGGAAGGCCCUGGAUGUUGCAGGUCUUGCCGGGGAUGACCUGUCAUACGUGGCAGUGCACGGUACCGGGACGCCCCUUGGGGACCCCAUCGAGAUGGGCGCACUGGGGGCGGCGGCGGCGCGGAGCCUGGACUCAGGGCCCCUGACCCUGGGCGCCACCAAGUCCUGCCAUGGCCACACGGAGGGCGCUGCUGGCCUGACCGGCGCACUGCAGGCCCUGUGCGCGCUGUCAGACAAAGCGGCGGCACCCGUCCUGCACCUGCGCGACAUGAAUCCGUUCGUGGGCACGACUUUUGGCGACUGGCCCCGGAGGCACGGCCUUUUGGCCAGCAUCCCUCGCCAGCUGGCGCCGGCGCCACUGCACCAGCCCCUGGCGGGCACCAGCGCGUUUGGGAUGAGCGGCGUGAAUGCACACGCCAUAUUUGAGUGGACAGAGGCCGCCCAGGAGGGCCUGACUCCGAGCGCAGGCGGCACGCCGGCAGGCGUGGUAAGGCUGCAGGCGAAGCAAUGGACCCUGGCCCCCGCCUUUUUUGUGUUGCGCAGGGCCGUGUCAGCGGAACCCUCCGCAAGCGCCUGCUGCGCGUUUGAGCUGGAUCUUCAAGGCCCCAGCCUGGGCGCCACACUGCGGGACCACGUCGUGCACGGCCACACGCUGGCGCCCGCCGCCGCCAUGCUGGAGGCCUGCGCAGCGGCGCUGGGCACGCUGCGCUGGGGGGCGGCCUUGUUCACGGGGUUUGCAGUGCUGGAGGCGCUCCAUCUGGGCACACACGCCGCGGCCGGCAAGCACAGGCUGCGGGUGUCCAAGCACGGCGAGCUGGACCUGUGCACAGUGGCGGCGGUGAAUGGCCUUGGCUUUGAUGGGCAGGCCCGCUCUGGCUCUCUAGCCCUGUCCGGCUCAUCGGCGCACUGGGAGUCAAUGGCCGCGCUGGCGAGGGUGGCUGCCGGCGAGUUGAAUGCCCGUAUAUCGGCAGUGAAACUGCACAGGAAUGGCGCUACCAGUUCACCCUCGGCCUCCAAGCUGCAGCACAACAUGGAGAACGAUACUUAUGGAGCCGAGCCCCGCGGCUCCCUGUCCUCCCUGCGAUGGGUCCCUAUUGCCAGCAGCAUGGAGCCAGUGGAGUGUGGCCACAUAGAGAUUGGCGUGAGGGCGGUGGGCCUGAACUUCAGGGACGUGCUGAAUGUGCUGGGCAUGUACCCCGGCGACCCCGGCGACCCGGGAGCGGACUGCGCGGGCGUGGUCUUGUCCAAUCCCGGCGGCGGCGGUGGGCUCAGGCCCGGGGACCGCGUCUUCGGGCUGGCGCCUGGCUGCCUGGGUCACAGCGUGCGUGUCUUGGCAGACCUGGUUGCCCCGCUCCCGCCUUCAGUAUCCUACCAGACCGGUGCUGCGCUGCCCACCGUCUUCAUCACAGCAAUGCUGGCGCUGCAGCAGGCAGCCUCCUGCGGGCCUCACUCCAGGGUUCUAGUGCACGCUGCCACGGGAGGGGUGGGCCUCGCAGUCCUUUCCCUGGCAUCAGGGCUGGGGUGCAAAGUCCUGAGCUGCACCACCGGCACGCCGGCCAAACGCGCCAGGCUGCGGGGGAUGCUGGAGGGCAGGGCGGUCUGCCUGGACUCCAGGUCCACCACCUUUGCAGAGGACCUUGCAGUCGUGGUGGGGAGCGUCAGCCUGGUCCUGAACUCGCUCACCUCUCCAGGCAUGACAGCGGCCUCCCUCUCUGUCCUGGCCAGGGGAGGCAGCUUUGUGGAGGUCGGGAAGCGUGACAUCCACGCCGCCAGCCGCAUCGGGCAGGAGCGACCAGACGUGGCAUUCAGCACGGUUGCCAUUGACUUUCUCCCACCACAGACGGCAACGGCUCUGAGGCAGCUCUCCCUCUCUCAGCAUGUGGGGAAGGUGGUGGUCCAGAACCCUGGCAUCAAGACUACAGAGCACGGGAGCUGCCUCGUCACCGGCGGACUGGGCGCGCUGGGCUCGCUCACCGGCGCGUGGCUGCUCAAGAAGGAGGCGUGGCACGUCGUGCUGCUGGGACGCAGCGCCAGGCUGGCGCCACGAUCGACCCACGGAGCCGCUCUCCGCUCCUCCUCCUCCCUAGUGUCCAUGGUGGCGGGCGACGGCGCAGCGUCGGCGGACGCGGCCGCGCUUUCCUCCCUGCAGCACCUGCGCCACCUGGGCCUUGUCGUCAACUCCGGCGGCGUGCUGACCGACGGCGUGCUGGCGCGGCAGGGUGUCGCUGCCGUCCGCGUCUCGGCGGCCCCCAAGCUGCUCAGCGCGCAAAGCAUGCACGGCCGGCUCACGGCGCUCCAGCCGCUCGACCGCCUCCUGCUCUACUCCUCCUCCUCGGCGCUGUUUGGCGCGCCCGGCCAGGCCACCUACGCCGCCGCCAACGCGGGGCUGGAGGCCUGGGCGGCAGUGGCGGCUGGCGCGGGGGUGCAGGCCUCCGCGCUGCAGUGGGGCGCCUGGGAGAUUGGCAUGGCCGCCGACGAGGUGGGCUUGGGAGUGCUGGAGUCCAGCCUGAGGCUGCUGGGUUCGGUCUCCAUGCCGGUCCUGGCAGCCGUGCCUGUCAUCUGGGGGACCCUGCUCAAGGUGGGUGUGCACAGGUCUGAUAACGCGGAAGUAGAUGCACGGUGA